UUGGUUCCUGCCGUGUCCAUAUUUUGUUUAAUCGAAAAAGGUACACAAUCAUAAUAGUCUCCCUUUUAGACAUCAGUGCUCAAAAAAAUACUGUAAAAAUCAAAUCUUUCAAAUUGCACAAAUCUCAAUCUUGGACAUUCAUCAAUUAAUUUUCUCCACGAUCUCCAUUGAUAUUUCUAUCCUCCAUUGAAGCAGCUUCUCAGAAGUCUUUGAUGUUAGGAAGGAGCUAUGAAAUUGGAACAAUUGAAUUAAAUUUGGUUGUUAAUGUGUUGCAGAACCCUUUAAUGUUAGGACAGAGCUAUGACAUUUGACAUUUUCUGUCAGUUCUCGAAGGCGGUAGGACGAGGCCUACUGGGGCUUCUUGCAGGGGCCUUGGUGUUUGCUCUUGGAGCUAUUAGCUUGGGUGCUCCAGUUGGCUCAAAGUAUACGCUGAGCACAAUUAAAUGGUCUCUGCUGAUGUCAUCACUUACGUUCUUACCGGCUGCUGCUAUUUUCGGUGCAUCAUGGGUAGACUGGCAACGUAUAUUUGUUAAAACUAGGCCAACAGGAUUUGUUGAGUAUAUGGUUUGCCUUCCAGCACAUGGUGUUAUCAUUGGCUCCUGGUUUGGGGCCUGGCCAAUGCCACUUGAUUGGGAAAGGCCAUGGCAGGAAUGGCCCAUCUGUGUGGCGUAUGGAGCGCUCCUUGGCUAUCUGAUUGGCGUGGUGGCAUCUUUUGUGUUAUAUUUUCAUAGUCGUCGGAGACAGUGUGUCAAAGUAGACUAGGUUAUGUACUUCUCUUCUAUUUCAUGUUUUUCUAACCUUACCAAUUUUUCUUUCUUUUUUUAGUUAUCAAAAGAACAACCAAAAGUAGACGACACUUACCAGGUUCAUGUAAUUGACCUGGUGAGGCUUAGAUAAGGUAUGGUUAGGUUUAGCAAUUUUAAUAUAGUUUGGAAAUAUGUUUUGAAUCUAAUACUAAUUGAAAUAGUUAUCACUUUAUAAUUUAUAUGCUCUUAAAUCUGAGUUUUAUGUU